AUGUCCGUGCGAGAACAGCUCCAGGAAAUGGGAUUUCCCCCGGCCCGAAUCGAGGCCUCCAUCAAGAACACGUCCGGCUCUCUGGAGGACGCAAUUGGCUGGCUGGAAUCCAACCAGAUUGACUACGACAAGGGCGUCUAUGCUGCUGAUGCCGAGGAGCAGACCGUCACGGGAGGCGUGUCUGUGGUUGGAGACACAAAGGCGCCCGACGCAUCAGCCGCCCCGAUUGACGUGGAUGCCCAGGAGGCGGCUGCUGAGGCCGAAGUCGAGAAGAAGCCACUGUCCAAGGAGGAGAAGGAGGCCAAGCUGGACGAGCUGCGGGCCAAGGCAGCGAUUCGAAAGGCCGAGAACGAAAAGAAGGAUGCGGCCGAGCGAAAGCGAAACGACGAGAUUUCGAAGAAGUCCCAGAAGGACAACCAGGCCAUCAAGGACGAGAUGGAGCGAAAGACCGCCAUCAGAGAAGCGCAGAAGAAGCGCAAGGAGGCCGCAGACGACAUUGCCGCCAAGAAGCGAAUCAAGGAUCUCAUUGAGGCCGACAAACGGGCUCGGGCCGCUGAAAAGACAGGUACUAAACCCGCCCCUGCUCCUGCUCCUGUGCCUGCUUCGAAACCUGCUGCUCCCCGAGCGGCCCCCACAGAUUCGCGGAUGCAGUUCCGAGUACCUGGCCAGCCCCCCAUCGUCAAGACCUUCCCCGUGGAAACCAAGCUGCAGGCUGUCGCCGAGGCGCUGUCGCAGGAUAUUGGAGUCCAGGCCGGAUCUCUAGUAUUCACUACCACUUUCCCUACCCGAAAGCUCACCAACGCCGACUUUGGAAAGACCCUCAAGGAGGCCGAUCUGAUCAAUGCUGCUGUCAUUGUAUCUUUCUAA